CAUAAACAUAAUAAAUAAUUGUUAUUUUUUAAAUUGCUUAAUACUAAUAAUAUUAAAAAUAAAAUUAAAAAUUAAAUAAUCAAAAUAAUCAAAAUAAUUUAAAAUAAAAUUAAUCUUUUAAAUAAAUGUUAAAUCUUAUCACUAAAUAACAAAUAAAAUAAAAAAUAAAAUAAUAAUAAAAAAUAAAAUAUUUUUAAAAUCAAAUAAACUGAUAAACCAAAUAGAAUAAUAAUAAUAGUAAUAAUAAAAAUAAUAAUAAAAAAAAGACAAUUUUUUUUAUAAUUAUUAUUUUUAUUUUUUUUUUUUUCAAUAAAAACUUUUAAAAAAUAAUAACUACCUAAAUAUUGUGUUUUAUAAGAAACAAAAUAAAAAAUGAAAUUAUAUUUAUUACUUAUAAUAAUAGUUUUUAAUUUAAUUUUAAAUUGUAAAGGUUACGAAAUAAAAUUAACACUAUAUAAUAAUGCCAAAAAAAACUGUACAGAUUUCAAUUCUUCAAAUAUGGUUGUUUCGUUUAGUAGCACAAAGUGCGGAGAUUUAGGCUUGAUAGAAGAAACCAACCUCGAAGGAACUAAAGGAAAAAUAUAUUAUUCAAUUGACCUGACAAGUAAAAAGGCAUGUCAAGAUGCCGAUGCAACAGAAAUGAUCCAAGUAGAUGAAUUUGACGUAAAUGAACAAUGUAAAUAUACCUCAACCAGCUACUAUCAUAAAUUUUCAGUCAAUCGAAAUGCAAAACCCAAAGUAGAAUUGGGAAUGUGUAAUGCAAUAACCAUUUUUGACAACGAUUGUGACUACAUAAAAAUAAGAUCUUUCCACAACAAUUCAUGUUUCUUAGAAAACCUUGGUGAAUAUAGAAAAUACUUUUGUAUUGGUGACAAAUAUUUCACUUACUCUUGCGGACCAGAUAGAACAUGUUCAAAUUGUAAAGAAGUCAUUGUUGACGAAAGAUAUGCCAAUAACACUCAAUGCACCGGGUUGGAUCCAAAUUCCUUUGAAUACCAAGAUUAUUUAAAUUAUUAUUACCCAAAACCCACAGAAACACCAGAAACAACAGAAGCACCAGAAACACCAGAAAAACCACAAAGUCCAGAAGAAAAUGAAUUUUCUAAUUUAAAUAACUCUUUUAGAUUAUCUUUAAAUUUGUUUUUAAUUUUAUUUAAUAUUUAUAUCAUUUUAAUAUAAAAAUAAAAAAAUAAAAAAAAAAUUAUUUUUGUAAAU